UAAUAUCACUGUCUGAGACUACAAGUCAGAAUGUAGCCACCCGUUUGAAUACUACGGAUCCAUGUGAUGAUUUUGAUCGUUACGCUUGCACAAAGUGGGUGAGAAACAAUCCAGUAUCGAAUAAGGAACAGGAGGUUAACACUUUUAAGAAGUCCGGAAUUAUCACUGACCAUUACUUCUAUAAUAUCAUUGCUAACAAGUCAUAUGCCUUGGAUGAUCCACACCUUUUUACUGCUCGCAAAUUUUACGAAGCUUGUUUAAAAGGUCCUCAUGAUUCCGCUAAUCAUGUUGCAAAUCAAUUUCGUCAGUUAAUUUCGAAGCUAUUUGGUGAAUGGGAUUUAUUGACAUCUCCUUCAACAAAUAUGACAAAUGUAUCUGAUGGUGCUAGAAAUAUUCCAAAUUUGAGUUUAACUGAUUUAUACCUACCACUAAUAAGCACAACAGGACAUUCACCCUUGUUUUCAUUGGAUAUCGACGAAGAGGAUCGAACAAUUCGAAUCUAUCCAGGUCAGCUAACUUCAGAUCAAAAUCUCUUGGAGAAGGAUGGAGUGCUAGACCUGAAGAUCAUGUUUUAUAAGUCAUUUGUUUCACUAAAUCUGAAUAUGUCACAGAACACAAAGCUUGCACGUACUUUUCAGUUAUUUGACCGCCUAGUGAAUGCUUUCUUGGAUCCACAAACAUCCUCAACUUAUAAAAAAAACCAAACGGUUAGCAUGGAUGAACUAAAGGCCAUUUGUCCACCGAUCGAUUGGGAUUAUUUAUUUGACAAAUUGUUCAAUCAAACUGGAUUUAGAAACUACCAUAAAUUACCAGUAAAGGUUGAAGAAAAACAUGCAUUACAAUAUUAUUGUGCAUUCCAUGAAAUUCAAUUGGAAACAGAUGAAGACAAAAGUGCGCUCUACAACCUGGCUAUUUUGAAUUUUUUGGCGGAACAGGAACGUCGUUUAUUAAAUCAGAAAAAUUUUGAUUCCGCACAUAAAUCAAAUCCAAGCAAUACUACAUACUUCUCACCUUAUUGUAUGGAUCGAGUAAAGAUCGUUUUUCCAUGGACACUUGAAAAGCAUUUCCUGACUUCUCGCAUCACUCAAAACCACCGAAAUGAGGUUCAACAACUAGUUGAAGAAAUGAAAAGCUCUAUAUUUGAAUCAAUCACGCAAGCCACAUGGUUGGAUGACAGUACAAAACACUUUUUCAAGGACAAGAUUAACCAAACCAAGGCUUUCAUUUUAUACUCGAAUGUGAAUGGAUCAGAAAGAAGAGAAGAUCUUUCAGAAAUAUACGGAUAUCCUAUAAACGCGGAAGAUAAUAUUUUAAAUGAGUAUUAUGCACAGAAAUCCAUAUAUUCAGAGAAAUUAAGAAGAAGCAUUAAAAAAGCUGGUAAAAUGUCGCUACGUGAUUCACCAACUUAUUUACCUGAGGCCUACUAUUUGAAAAAUUUAAACCGCAUAUAUAUUUUUGCCGGAUUGAUGCAACCACCAUUUUAUGAAAAGGAUGAAGAUUUAUCCACCAGAUACACUGGAUUGGGUUGGAUUAUCGCCCAUGAACUUUUACAUGCUAUAGAUCUUAUAGGUGUUCUCGAGGAUAUCAAUGGGAAUCAACGAUCAGGUAAAGAUUCUUAUGCAGGAUUGAUUGCAAAUAUGAGGCAAACAGAUUGUCUGCGAUCUCAUUACAAAAACCAUUCUGAUUCGUUUGAAAAGAGCGAUAGAAUUGGGACGCGGAAUGAAAUUUUGGCUGACAAUGGAGGAUUGAAAAUAAUGUACAAUACAUACCGGAAAUUGCAAAAUAGACAACGUGUUCAAAAUUCAAGCGAACUCUUAGCUUCCGAUAGAUUAUUUUUCCUGAGAUUUGCACAGACUUUAUGUGGCCGUGUACAUAAGGAUUCACGUCAGUACCACAAAUAUUACAUUAAUCACAUUCUACCUCGAUAUAGGCUGAUAGGUGCUUUGUCAAAUAAUGAAGAAUUUGCUAAAGCAUAUCACUGUCCGAUUGGCUCACCAAUGAAUCCUUUGAAGAAAUGUAAAUUGUGGUAAGACUAUCAAAAGUUAGUAAUCAACAGUAUGAUUGAAAAGGAAUUAGUGUAUGUGUAUUUUCUUCACUGUUUCGAAAGAAUGUAG